AUGGCUCAGCACUACCCCCAACAUGGCUCAGCACUACCUCCAACAUGGCUCAGUACUACCCCCAACAUGGCUCAGUACUACCCCAACAUGGCUCAACAUGGCUCAGCACUAACCCCCAACAUGGCUCAGUACUUCCCUAACAUGGCUCAGCACUACCCCAAACAUGGCUCAGUACUACCCCAACAUGGCUCAACACUGGCCCCCAACAUGGCUCAGCACUACCCCCAACAUGGCUCAGCACUACCCCCAACAUGGCUCAGCACUACCCCCAACAUGGCUCAGCACUACCCCCUAACAUUGCUCAGCACUACCCCAACAUGGCUCAGCACUACCCCCAACAUGGCUCAGCACUACCCCCAACAUGGCUCAGCACUACCCCAACAUGGCUCAGCACUACCCCCAACAUGGCUCAGCACUACCCCCAACAUGGCUCAGCACUACCCCCAACAUGGCUCAGCACUACCCCCAACAUGGCUCAGCACUACCCCCAACAUGGCUCAGCACUACCCCAACAUGGCUCAAAAUGCCUCAGCACUACCCCCCAACAUGACUCAACAUGGCUCAGCACUACCCCCAACAUGGCUCAGCACUACCCCAACAUGGCUCAGCACUACCCCCAACAUGGCUCAGCACUACCCCCCAACAUGGCUCAGCACUACCCCAACAUGGCUCAGCACUACCCCAACAUGGCUCAGCACUACCCCCAACAUGGCUCAGCACUACCCCCAACAUGGCUCAAAAUGGCUCAGCACUACCCCCAACAUGGCUCAGCACUACCCCCCAACAUGGCUCAAAAUGCCUCAGCACUACCCCCAACAUGGCUCAACAUGGCUCAGCACUACCCCCAACAUGGCUCAGCACUACCCCCAACAUGGCUCAGCACUACCCCCAACAUGGCUCAGCACUACCCCCAACAUGGCUCAGCACUACCCCCCAACAUGGCUCAGCACUACCCCCAACAUGGCUCAGCACUACCCCCCAACAUGGCUCAGCACUACCCCAACAUGGCUCAGCACUACCCCCAACAUGGCUCAGCACUACCCCCAACAUGGCUCAGCACUACCCCCAACAUGGCUCAACACUACCCCCAACAUGGCUCAGCACUACCCCCAGCACUACCCCCAACAUGGCUCAGCACUACCCCCCAACAUGGCUCAGCACUACCCCAACAUGGCUCAGCACUACCCCCAACAUGGCUCAGCACUACCCCCAACAUGGCUCAAAAUGCCUCAGCACUACCCCCAACAUGACUCAACAUGGCUCAGCACUACCCCCAACAUGGCUCAGCACUACCCCAACAUGGCUCAGCACUACCCCCAACAUGGCUCAGCACUACCCCCAACAUGGCUCAGCACUACCCCAACAUGGCUCAGCACUACCCCAACAUGGCUCAGCACUACCCCCAACAUGGCUCAGCACUACCCCCAACAUGGCUCAAAAUGGCUCAGCACUACCCCCAACAUGGCUCAGCACUACCCCCAACAUGGCUCAAAAUGCCUCAGCACUACCCCCAACAUGGCUCAACAUGGCUCAGCACUACCCCCAACAUGGCUCAGCACUACCCCCAACAUGGCUCAGCACUACCCCCAACAUGGCUCAGCACUACCCCCAACAUGGCUCAGCACUACCCCCAACAUGGCUCAGCACUACCCCCAACAUGGCUCAGCACUACCCCCAACAUGGCUCAGCACUACCUCCAACAUGGCUCAGCACUACCCCCAACAUGGCUCAGCACUACCCCCAACAUGGCUCAGCACUACCCCCAACAUGGCUCAGCACUACCCCAACAUGGCUCAGCACUACCUCCAACAUGGCUCAGCACUACCCCCCAACAUGGCUCAGCACUACCCCCAACAUGGCUCAGCACUACCCCCAACAUGGCUCAACAUGGCUCAGCACUACCCCCAACAUGGCUCUACCCCAACAUGGCUCACCCCAACAUGGCUCAGCACUACCCCCAACAUGGCUCAGCACUACCCCCAACAUGGCUCAGCACUACCCCCAACAUGGCUCAGCACUACCCCCAACAUGGCUCAGCACUACCCCCAACAUGGCUCAGCACUACCCCCAACAUGGCUCAGCACUACCCCCAACAUGGCUCAGCACUACCCCCAACAUGGCUCAGCACUACCCCCAACAUGGCUCAGUACUACCCCAACAUGGCUCAGCACUACCUCCAACAUGGCUCAGCACUACCCCCAACAUGGCUCAGCACUACCCCCAACAUGGCUCAGCACUACCCCCAACAUGGCUCAGCACUACCCCCAACAUGGCUCAACUAUGGGCUCAGCACUACCCCAACAUGGCUCAGCACUACCCCCAUAA